GGUGUUUUGGUAAAUAAAGUAGGAAACGGUACUCUAUAGCCACCUGCACUCCUCCAGGUCCACCUGGAGCACAAACAGCGUGACGUCAUCGCAAUCAGAGAACACCUAUAAAACGGAGGGCGCCGCUACUCGUCAGUGCCAAAUGACUGCCACAUGGCUGCCACUGCGCGAUUUCCGUCUUCACUCCGUUGCUCAAGCUUCUCUCCUAAGCCCUCGCAUGCAUCGUCGUCCCCGGUACCUUCUGAUCUUCAAUUCCGAGUACGGACUUCGAAGUGCGUGACCAAAACGCAUCGUGUCGGGUGCGAGAUCAAGAGCUUUGAGAAUCAACGCUCCCAAAAUUGGAAUGUUUCCCUUCACUAUGGUACUGAUCCAAUUCACUUGAUUCACAAUUCUCCUUCUACCGUCUCAAUGGCUGCUGCGUCAUCGUCGGAAUCGCCCACUAAAAGGGUUUGCCUUUUCUUCUGCGACGAGACCAGGGCCCUUGCCGAGAGAGUCGCUGCAGAGUCCGAUGCCAUUGACCUUCGUAGCAUCAACUGGAGGACGUUUGAUGAUGGAUUCCCCAACUUAUUUAUACCCAACGCCCAAGGCAUACGUAGUCAGCAUGUUGCUUUUCUAGCCUCGUUUAGUUCUCCAUCAGUGAUUUUUGAGCAGCUCUCAGUCAUCUAUGCAUUGCCAAAAUUGUUCAUUUCUUCAUUUACGCUCGUGCUUCCCUUCUUUCCAACGGGCACUUCUGAGCGGAUGGAGGAUGAAGGAGACGUUGCAACUGCUUUCACUCUUGCUAGGAUAUUGUCCAACAUACCAACUUCUAGGGGAGGCCCUACUAGCUUAGUGACUUUUGACAUCCAUGCCUUACAGGAAAGAUUCUACUUUGGCGACCAGAUUUUACCAUGCUUCGAGAGUGGCAUUCCUUUGCUCAAAAAUCGCCUCCAACAACUCCCUGAUUCUGACAAUAUAGCAAUUGCGUUUCCUGAUGAUGGUGCAUGGAAGCGAUUUCAUAAGCAACUGCAGCAUUUCCCUACGAUUGUUUGUGCUAAAGUUCGAGAAGGUGACCAAAGACUUGUACGUAUCAAGGAGGGCAACCCAAAAGGGCGACAUGUUGUGAUUGUUGAUGAUUUGGUUCAAUCGGGCGGUACUCUUAUUGAAUGCCAAAAAGUGUUGGCCGCCCAUGGAGCUGCAAAAAUAAGUGCCUAUGUGACGCAUGGAAUUUUCCCUAAUAGGUCAUGGGAACGCUUCAAAUAUGACAAUGGAGGGCAUCCAGAAAAUGCACUCACCUAUUUCUGGAUCACAGACUCCUGCCCACAGACAGUGAGGCAGGUAAUGAACCAUCAGCCAUUCGAAGUUCUUAGCCUCGCUAGUUCAAUAGCAGCUGCUCUUCAGAUAUAGUAGUAGUUUAGAAUCAUGUAAACGGCAGCCCACCCUGAGAAAUUUCCAAUUCUUGAGGCCUUUUUUUCCCCACCCCCUUCCAAAUCAUUGAACUGUCCAUCAGCAUUGCAUGCUGUAAAUGCGGCUUAAUUCUCUGAACCUUUUUCCCUUGAGGAUGUUUAUCUUAUAAUGUAAAAUGUCAUCGUUUCCAGAACAAAUAAGCUGUACAGCAUCCUGAGUAGGAGAGACUGACUGUUGAUUUAUGCCAUUCUUCAGUUUAAUGAACCCAUUAUUUUGUAUGGA